CAUUUUGCUCGCACCCCGCGAUUCUGGUCAAUUGUGAAUUCUAGUGUUCCGCCGUGUUUUUUGCCCACAAGAUGUGAUGGAAAAGAGUGAGAGGAUGGGAGGCAAGGAAAUUUUAAUCCUCUUGGCGCUGCUCGCGUUGUGCGCGGCCCAAGAUUCCGCGGAAAAAGAGGACAACCCGUUCGAGCCGUGGAGUCCACUCGUCAACUGCUCCUUUUUGCCGCGGGAGUUUGUCGACUGUGACGAUCCGAUCGACCACAAAUUCAACAAAACGGCCAAGCAGAAGCUCGGCUAUGGCUGCGUCAAGUUCGGCGGAUACAAGUGGGAGGACGUGGAGAAGACCAACGUCAGCUGCAAGGUGUUGCCGGACAUCGAGUGCUUUGGAAACCGCACCUUUUUCAGGGACGGAGUGCCAUGCAUCAGAUACAGCGGCCACUUUUUCGCCACGACGCUGUUGUAUUCGAUCCUGCUCGGUUUUCUGGGCAUGGACCGCUUCUGCCUGGGCCAAACGGGCACCGCCGUCGGAAAACUGCUCACGCUGGGCGGCCUCGGCGUCUGGUGGAUCGUCGACAUCAUUCUGCUCGUGACAAACGGACUCAUGCCCGAGGACAUGAGCAACUGGAACCCUUACGUGUGAUAAAAAAAAACAAACAGACUGCGAUGAAUGAUUGAAAUUUCAGUGAAAAACUGCGAGAUGGUGUCCAUUUCGCACAUUCUUGUCAAUUUUUUAUUUCCAAAAAAUUAAAAAAAAACAGUUUUAAAGCCAUA